ACCAUAGAGGAUACGAUUCAAGUCAGGUCAAUAAUCAACUGACAUUGACAAUUAAUUGUAUCAAUAAAAUGGCUGCUAUUAAACCCCCCUUUACCUUUGAAACGGCCACGCAAAAAGUCAAGGCCGCCCAGGAUUUAUGGAACAGCCAGGAACCUACGAAAAUCGCCAAAGCGUAUACUCCCGACUGCAUCUGGCGCAAUCGCACGGAUUUCCUCCGCGGAACCGACGCGAUCGUGGCAUUUCUCACUGCCAAAUGGAACCGGGAGAAAUCGUAUCGUCUGCGCAAGGAACUCUUUGCCUUCACCGACAACCGCAUCGCGGUGCAGUUCUGGUACGAGUACCGCGACGGCAGCGACGGCGACCGCUGGAAACGCUGCUACGGCCUGGAGGACUGGACGUUUGAUGCCGAGGGGAAGAUGUGCAAGCGGAUGAUGAGUGGGAACGAUCUUGUCCUGGGGGAGGGCGAGCGGUGGUUUGUUGAGGGAGUGGACGUUGAUCUGGUUUCGAUUGGGGAGAGCCAUUGGUAAUUGGAUAGUUAUCAGGUAAUAGUACCACAUAAUAGUAAUUGUUUACCAUAGUUGAGACUGGAGACUUUAAUUAGUCUAAUUAAUUAAGAUUAUUGGGUUUAACUAAUCAUUAAGACUAAUGGGUU